UAAUCGCGCGUGGGCAGACGAGAUGAAACGGUUCGGGCUGGUCAAUGUAAUGGACAUAAAGCUGAGAGAAGAACCACCUGGUAGUAAAUUUCGGUGCUCAGCUAGAACAACCAUGGCUCAAGCCUCUUCCAACAAUGGCGGAACCGAUCAGGUUUUGGUGGAGGAGACAUCAUCAAGUGUUAGAACGUUCAUAUUAAACAGGCCUAACAAGCUCAAUGCACUUUCUUAUGAAAUGCUAUCUCGGCUUUUGGAACUUUUCUAUGCCAGUGAACAAGACUCUAAUGUGAAGAUGAUUAUAUUAAAGGGAAAUGGAAGGGCUUUCUGUGCUGGUGGUGAUGUUACAGCUGUUGUUCCUCUUGCUCGCCAGGGUAACUGGAAAUUUGGUGAUAAUUAUUUCCAAGAGGGGUACAUACUGAACUAUGUUAUGGCAACAUAUAGCAAACCCCAGGUUUCCAUUCUUAAUGGAAUCGUCAUGGGAGGCGGGGCUGGUGUUUCUGUACCUGGUAGAUUUCGAGUUGCAACAGAAAAGUCGGUUUUUGCAAUGCCCGAAACAGCUUUGGGAUUCUUUCCUGAUAUAGGUGCCUCUUACUGUUUAUCAAGACUUCCAGGAUUCUUUGGGGAAUAUGCUGGUCUUACUGGUGCUAGGUUGGAUGGUGCUGAAAUGCUUGCUUGUGGCCUAGCAGCCCACUUUGUAUCAUCAGCGAGAUUGCCGCUUUUAGAACAAGCACUAGUAAAAGUCAGUACGAGUGAUCCAGAUGCGAUAUCUGCCAUCAUAAGUCGCUUCUCCCACGCACCAAAGUUGAAAAAAGAAAGUCCAUAUCACAAGAUGAAGAUUAUUAAUCACUGUUUCUCUCGAAGAACAAUUGAAGAAAUCAUAUCUACUCUUGAGAAUGAGGCUUUGGACAAGAAGGAUGACUGGAUCUCUUCGACCAUUCAGUUGCUGAAGAAAGCUUCCCCAAUAAGUCUUAAAAUUUCCUUGAGAUCAAUAAGAGAAGGGAGGCUGCAAGGUAUUGGUAGUUGCCUUAUCCGAGAGUAUAGGAUUGUUUGUCAUGUGUUGAGAGCAGAAUUUAGCAAGGAUUACUUUGAGGGUUGCAGAGCUAUACUCGAGGACAAGGAUAGAAAUCCUAAGUGGGAGCCAUCUAGACUGAACCUAAUUAGAGAUGAUGACGUUGACCGUUACUUCUCCAAGAUAGAUGAUGAAGAUUGGGAAGACCUAAAGCUGCCUCCCAGAUCAUACUUGCCUCCGCAUGCCAUUGCCAAGCUUUAAAAUUGACUUAUGAAGUCCAAUAAUCAAUAAAACUAGUAUUACGUUUGUUGGGAAGUGGUACGCCAUAUAAAAGCACAUCCCUCCAUAAUAUGAGAACUUGCCAGGUAAUAAGUUGUGUAAACAGAGAAGCACAUCAUUCCAUUGCUCAGUUGUCAAACCUCAAACACAAGGAAAGAUUGUACAUUAUUGAAGAAUACUAGCCAUAUAGGUUUUGUUAAUAUGCAGAGAACUUCUAUCGA